AUGACGGAUGUCGCUCGAAUGUACGGGAUCGCUGUCAGCGAUUCGUCAACAGUUUUUGCCUACGUUACAGAUGAAAAAAAUCAGAAGAACAAAGGUAACGAUGGUUCGAAAAUUUCGAAACGUGCCCAGUAUUCCAGAUGAAGUCAAUAUUGUUAUGGUAGAGAAAGUUUCGAAGCAGCGUCAAAUGCUGGCUUCUCCCAACUUACGAAGGCUUGUCAUUGAGAUGUUCUCCGUGUUCGACAGAUGUCAAAAGGGAUCUUCUCCCGAUAAACAAUUGGAUACCAAAACUUGCUGCACCUUCUCUCGAGCUUACCGUUCUGUUCUCCUAAAUGCAGCCGAUUCGCAUACGAGCGCCGAUUUCAUGACAGACUUUGCACUAUGGUCGCUUUACGAAAAGCUGUGGUUCGGCAGAGGAGACAGCUCCAUCUGUGCGGAUCUCAUUUCGUGGGCUAACGAGAGCUUCAGUUUUGCCAAAGACUCCGCAAAUGCGGCAGUUGAAGUAUUGCAAAUCGAGGGAAAAGACAGCGAGCAGUACUGGAGGGGAGUGGCUGUUGCCCUUCUCAGUUGCAAUUUCAACGAAUGCAUCGAACUUCUCCUUCUGCUCGAAAAGACUCCAGAAAUAGAAUUGUUUACGGAGGCGCUCGCAUUCUUCGAUCACGAAAAUCUGUUGGACGAGGCGCUGGUCAGUCUCAGACUCGUAAAACUAGACAAAAAUCAGAAUUUUCAGGUGGACAAAGUGAAUGAUUGGAAAGAUCUUCUCAGUGAGAAUGUGACGCACGGAAGGUACGGAAAACACGAGAAUCUGAAAUUCUUGUCCCAACUUUUGCUCGGCGAAGACCGGUAUUUGAAUUCAAUGGCUCCGCGGAUCCUUGAGCAUUGGUGGCAGUUUCUUCCGUUCUACGUUCUUGUCAAAAACCCAUUCGCCGAUCACACUGAACUUAUGGAGCUCGCCAGUGAGUGCCGAUCGUUGUUCGUCGGAGAAGAAGAAGAUGACGCUGUGGAAAGAGACGUUUUCUGGUGUCUCAUUGCGAAGGAUGAUGUGAACUUCCAACAAGUACGGUUGUGUGUACAAAUUACGAAAAAAUACAUAAUAUUGCAGCUCAUCAUGGCCAAUCCGUGGAUAUCAGUGCAUCUUGUCGAUCUUAUUCACAAAUCCACAUUGGAUCCUGAGUUCGAAGUGAUGAAAAAGAGGCAUAUGCUAGAUUAUGCCAGCGUCCUCAUUACCCACUCUCCGUGAGUUUUAAAUCUGAAUAGUAUCUUGAAUGAUCAUAAUUUUGUAGGCUUUGGGAAAUUGGAGCUGGUUAUCUUCUCGCCUGUGGGACAGAAGGACUGCUCCGAUUGGAAUCGCACAUCGAAGGAAUGCACCUGGUGGACGAUGAAAUGGCGGAGCAACUGCUCGAGGUCUGUGAGACUAAUAGGCUGGAAGACGCGAAGAGCUGUGUAACGAACACGAUGACGUUCCGAUAUCUCAAGCAAAACGAAUGGAGUGCGGCCCUGGCAUGGGCCUUGAAGACCGGAUCGAAAAAGACAAUCGACAUGACGGUGUCGCGGAUAAUAAGUGCAAGCUCGAAAGAGGAUCUGGCCUCCCUCCGAGUGCUCCAUUCCAUCAGCAGCAACUCUGUUCUCUCGCUCCCUUCUCUCACGUUUCUUUACUCGUAUCAACGAUUCGUGAAAAUGAUGCACAGCGGAGAUGUGCUCGAUUGUGUUCAGCACUUGGUUCCGCUGAUCAUGACACAAGACCUGCCGAGUCAGUACUAUUAUGACCUCUUUGACUACCUUAUCACGAUCAUAAAAGAGGAUGGCGUAUGUGAUUUCAAUGUAACCCCCACCAAACAUCUCAUUUCAGAGAACCGGUAUUCCAUUCUCGAAGGAACUUCUCUAUGAACUCUCCACAUUUCUCACGACUUUCACUCUUGACAAGCAUCGGGAAUUGGAUGAUUCAUACACGAGAAAGGUUGCAUCAUUAUGAUAUUUACGUCUUCAUUUCAAAAGUUUCAGGUGAAAGUGCUGAAGAAGAUGGUGAUGCUCAAAUUGGCCGAUUCGAUCGCUAAGGGAAUGGAAUGCAGUUGAAUUAUGAUUCAUGCUGUUUCGUUGUUCGAAGAUGAUUAUUUAUGCGUAUUUGGUGUGCAUCCGGUAUUCUUCGAUGUUCUGAUCGUGUCCAGCCGCUCUUUCUCCGGAUCUCCCACUUUUCUCAUUUCUUUUGAUUUUUGUGAAUAAGAAUGCCAUUCCCUCUCAUUGACACUGUUAUUCUUUACCUUCCGCUCGUUUUCUCGAGUCUAUCAUACUUUGUUCUUUGCUGCGUUUCUCUGUUUGUCCUCUGUCCCUCUGGCGGCAUCGAUCGAUGACCGUAUGACCUAAGUGAGUGCAAAUGCGCUCCGUCGCACUCUGCUGCUUGGCCCCUAGCCGCCGCCUCGUCAACUCUCGUCGCAACCCUCUUUUCCAACAACGACGACGACGGCAGUGGCGCUUAUGAAUUCCUGCGCACACGGGCAACCAACUCAAUCGAUGAAAUUUCUCUUCUCGUUCAACUAUCCGUUUUUCCUUCUCGUAAUGCACUUUUUGUUGACGACUCCUCGCCGUCUCCCGACUCACACUUUUUGUUUCAGGCAGUUGUGUGCUCUGCGCGCAACUCUGCCCAAUUAUCGACGUGAACGCCACGGCUUCUGCUCGCUGGCGCCAACUCGAUUCCACUUCGGUGAGUGCUCUAUGAGAGAAACAAUCGUUGAACACAGAACAGCUUUCAGGCAGAGUCAGGUUCUCAGUCGGAACAAAGCGUUAGCUUGUCGGGAUCGGACGAAAUGAGUAGCUCGGAGGAAGUAGGUGUCUUUAAUUUUUAUAUUUUCUCAGUGAUUUGAGGGGAUCGCACUUUUCUCAAAAACGAAAUUAUUUUAAUAUCAAGGUCUCAUGGAUAACUUGGUUCUGUGGCCUUCGUGGAAAUGAAUUUUUCUGCGAGGUCGACGAGGAGUACAUCCAGGAUCGUUUCAACUUGACCGGACUCAAUGAACAAGUGCCCAAGUAUCGUCAGGCACUCGACAUGAUUCUCGAUCUCGAGCCAGGUGAUACCAGCCUCCCGCGGAGACGUUCCCCCCUUAACUGAGCUUCCCGGAAUGCAUUUUUCUAGAAGAUGACAUCGAAGACAACGCAACGAACACUGAUUUGGUCGAGCAGGCGGCCGAGAUGCUCUAUGGACUGAUUCACGCGAGAUACAUUCUCACCAACCGCGGAAUCUCGCAGAUGGUGGAGAAGUGGCGCGACCACGACUUCGGGGUCUGCCCACGUGUUUACUGUGAGAAUCAGCCAAUGCUUCCGAUCGGUCUCUCGGACGUCCCUGGAGAAGCGAUGGUCAAGUUGUACUGUCCUCGCUGCAAUGACGUCUUCGUUCCGCGUUCGUCGCGUCAUCAACAUACUGACGGAAGCUACUUUGGCACUGGAUUCCCGCAUAUGCUCUUCUUUGUGCAUCCGGAUUUGCGCCCGCGCAAGCCGGUCACUCAGUUCGUUCCAAAGUAAGUUGAUUUCUGGAUCUUUCAUGUUUCACCCAAACGUUUUCCAGACUUUACGGUUUCAAAAUUCAUCCAGUUGCCUACGGCGGGCAGGAUGGAAACGCAGCCUCAGCGAGCACUACCAACAACACGUCUCAAAACAGCACGGUUUCCGCUGCUCAACCGGGACAAUUCAACUACGGAGUCUAA